AUGGGAGCCUACAAAUACCUUGAAGAGAUGUGGCGCAAGAAGCAGUCAGACGUGAUGCGCUUUCUGGCGCGUUUGCGAAACUGGGAGUUUCGUCAGCUGCCUGCAGUGCAUCGUUGUAGCCGCCCCACGCGCCCAGACAAAGCGCGGAAGGUGGGAUACAAGGCCAAGCAGGGCUACUGCAUCUACCGUGUGCGGGUGAAACGUGGAGAUCGCAAGAAGCGAGUGGCUAAGGGCAUUGUCUAUGGCAAGCCAGUGAAUCAGGGCAUCAACAAGUGGAAGUCCGUGAGGAACCUUCGUUCCAUCGCGGAAGAGCGUGUGGGGCGCAAGUGCGGCUCGCUACGUGUCCUGAACUCCUACUGGGUGGCUCAGGAUGCCGUGCACAAGUGGUACGAAGUGGUCAUGGUGGAUCCUUUUCACAGCGUGGUGCGCAACGACCCACGCAUCAACUGGAUUUGCAAACCGGUGAUGAAGCACCGUGAAUUGCGAGGUCUCACCGCUGCUGGACGCAAGGCUCGUGGCUUGUUGAAGAAGGGCAAGCGAACAGCCUCAUGCGCCUCCGCCGCUACCGAUGAGGGCGAUGAGAGCAACGAGGGCGUCCUGGUGUCCGGUAGGAAGCUGGCAGAUGUGCUUAUGGUGAUUUGCAGUGGCUCUGAAGUGGUUUGUGCCUUCAGCAACUACCUCAUCACCACAUCCCUGGGCGGCCUUACGGGGGUGAAAGGCAGCAUUCCCAUCUUGAUCGUGGCGGUGGGUUCGCGUAUCAGUGAUAGAUGUCCACUACAUCUGGAAGAUACAUGGUUAGAUAGUUGGCUGAGCAUCGGCCUCCUCUCCUCACUUCUACUCUUCGAGGUCCUAGCAGAUUGCCUCCCAGCUGUAGCGUCGAUGCUGGAUGUGGUGAUGCUACUCGGGAAGCCCGCGCUGGGCGUGGCACUGGCCUUGUCACCCAGUUAUGGGCAGAUCUAUGGCGUGAGCUCUGCAGCAGGGUGGCUGGCCGCGGCCUCCGCCGCCCUGUUGGCCAUCCUGGUAGCGCUGAUGAAGGCCGCGUGGACGCUCGCCUGCGACGGCAGCGCGGCGGGACUCUGCAGCGUGCUACGCAGUGGGCUGGAGAGCUGCGUGACCAGUCUGCUAUCAUUCCUGGUCUUCAUGCUGGGCCUGCUGGCUGCCUGCAUCUUGCUGGUGCUGAUUCUGGUGGCUCUCGGGCGCUUCCUGUCCAAGCGGCUCUGUCAGGAGGAUGCCUCCAGUGCCUCCAGUUCCGAAGAGAGUGGCAGCAGCGACAGCGAUGAGACGCGUCAAUGA